AUGACAAGCGGAUUUGUGAGCACAUCUGAGCUCGACCAAGAGAAAUCAUCACGACAAGAAGCAUGGGAGAAGGUUCGUAAACCUACAGAUGCAGUUUUAGCCCCAGAGCCAGAGUAUUGUAACAAAACCCUGUUUGAGCAGCUGAAAGAUAAUAAAGAUGCAAAGCAAUUGGAAAUUGAUGAGGCUAAAAAACUCAAAAACAUGGUUCGUGGUAUUGACGAAGACGAAAGUACGUUUCUAUCAGAUCUUGAUAGUACAAAGCGAGUUGUGAAGUUGCAAAUGAAAAGAGAAGAACAAGAAGUUAUAAAAGAGAUGACUGUAACACAACACCUCGCUGCAAAUCAGUCAUCCGUUCCUCGAUUCAUUUUGAAACCAUCUACUUCUGCAGUUGGAGUGGCACCACCAAAGUCAAAACAAGCUGCGUUUUUGAGCACUGCGAUUAAAAGAAAGUCUACCAGCGCCGGUCCGGAAGACAAAAAACAAGAGGAUGCCGUUCCCACAAAAGUCUCGAAAGCGGAGCCAGUUAUAAAACAAGUUGGAGCUCUUCAGGCUUUAUGCGAUUAUGCUCCAUCGAGUGAUUCUGAUAGCGAUGCAUCUUCUGACGAUGAACCAGAAACCGUUCCCAUUCUAGUCACAGCAACUACUGGAAAAAAGCAACAAAGCGGGUGCCAGUGA